CAUAAUUUCAAUUCAGACUAUGCUGUGCACGUAUUGUUAAGAUAACGAUUGAUUUAUUUCCCUUAAAGACAAAUAAAAUGGAUAACAGAAUAGUGAGCUGUGUUACAAGCGUUAAACCAAACGAAACUGCGACAGAUGCCGAGCAAAUAUCGCGCCUAAGGCCAUCGCAGUCACCCAUCGCAAUUUCUCUAAGUCGGUGCCCGCAAUGGUCAUCCCUAGAUCCACUGUCAUUCCAAGGUUACUGGGAUAACGAAGUCAAUGGCAUACUCCUCAACAAUGGUUCCACAGCAUACUUCACAUUUGAAUCUGAAGUCCGACCGAUCCUGCGCGGCGGGCCUCUCCUCGGAGAGUACAUAUUUGAACAGAUGCACUUCCACUGGUCUGUUGACGAUUUCUCCGGUUGCGAACAUUUAUUAGACGGACAAGGAUACGCUGCAGAAUGCCACUUCGUGCACUAUAACAGCAAAUAUGAAUCAAUGGAAGCGGCAGUCGGUCACCCGGAUGGUCUAGCCGUUGUGGGGUUCCUUCUAGAAGCAGUAGACAUCCCGAACCCAAGGUUCGACAGGCUAGUCGAAGGCUUUGAAUUCAUUAAGAAGAGUGAACAUUCAGUGAGGGUCACUUCAGAAUCACUAUCAUGGAUGGACAGCGAUGACUUACAAGAGGGCAACUACGUCACAUACAAGGGCUCGUUAACGACACCUCCGUACACCGAAUGCGUCACCUGGAUCAUAUAUGAGAAACCCGUGCAGAUUGGCACUGAACAGCUGGGACUACUGCGACAACUGGAGGGACCUGACAGCAUACCGAUCGAACGCAACGUCAGGCCAACACAGCGGCACCCUCCGGGUCACUCCGUCAUUUACGUCAAACAAGUCAAAUCCAAACUCUGAGAUACAGCAAUACAUUGUUCUUACAA